AUGGCGACCCACAUGCUUCGACAGUUUGCUAGGCGGGCUGUAUACGCUCAUCCAUUGUUGAGGAGGCAGAGCAUACGGCUGGUCUCUUCUUCUCCACGUGUUAUUUUUGCUGGUAACAAAUGUUUGCAGCAGCCAUUUCUUGUCAGCAGCAGCUUGGCAGCAAAACCUCCAUCUCUUAUGGGCGUUCGCUUGUUUGCCGAUGCUGGAGCAGCGCUAUCAAGGGAAGAAAUUCAGACACGAGUCAUGGAUGUCUUAAAACUUUUUGACAAAGUGGAGCCCGAAAAGGCAAGUAUUUAGUUCCUGAAUAAGGGGGUGAGGGUCACUCCUCCUUCCUUAAUUUGCGUUUAUCAGCCUGAGGCAUCUUUGAACAAGUUGGGGCGACCUGCCCCUUGUAUAACCUUCACUGAUUGGUCGCUUCAUCGCAUACAGUACUAUAUACUUUUAAAGAUCUCCUGAGCCUCGCUAUUGCUUGGAUUUUGAGAACUUGAACACGAUUUAAUGUAAUUUUACUAAACAAUAUAAUGUUCAUUGUGUGGACUCCUACAGAACCAAAAUCUUGUGUAAUUUGGGUACCCCCUCGACCAAGUAUCGGCCAUCAGUAUUGGCCGAUACUCAGUCGACCUGUCAGCCAACUCUCAGUGGACACACUGGCUGACUCGGUUGAUAUGUCCGUCGACAUCAGUCUGCCAGGUGUCGGUCUACAUGAAGAGCUGGCUGACACGUCGACCAUAGCCUGCGUUGCAGCCGGCCCACGUACUCGUCUAAACCAUUUGUAUAGUGCGUCUGCGAAUUAGUGCACAAAAGCUUGUUCUAAUAUCCUGCAGAGUCGCAAGGACAUAUGUGAGCGUUUCUGAUAGGCGGGUUUCUUACAGGUUUCUUACAAGCCGCACGAUUGGCCUAAUUUUUACGUGUGCGUGACGGUUGGGCGCAGUGACAUGUCAAUUAAAAUUCACAGAAGGGAGUUGGCAAGGAUCGUUUACAGUAAUCGAAAGAUCAGUUCGAACUUUAGAGCCGUCUUCUGAGCAAAAAAACGCUUUGAGAUAAUUCCUUCAAGGCCAAAAUUUGCUAGUAAAUUUGCCGGCUGGUUUCCCAGCGUCUUCCAAUCGCUGCAGAUGUACUAUUGCGUAUUCUGUAAUCUAACCGACAGUUCUAGAGUCAAAACAAAUGAAGAAAUCAUCACGUUAUUCACGAUAAAAAAAAAAAAAACUACACACAUGUAGCUAUUCAGGUCCAAGCGUUUCGUUGAAAACCAAAGAAACUUAGGUUAUUUAGCCGCAAUAAAGAAGCUUAAGGCUUAAUCAGAGGUAAAAGAAAAUCAUUUAUGCAUCUGUGAUCAAAUCCUCUUAGAAAACAUUUGCCAAAAAAUAAACUACAGGAACUAAUUACUCAAUAUGUAUGAAACAGACCAGCUUCACAACCUCUAAAUGUAGCUAAAGGUGAGACUCAAAGAGGCAAAAAAAAUUUGCUCAGUCAAAUUGUAGAAUACUCCAUGCACUGUAUAAAUUACGCAAAAAGAGAGCAAGAAAAACAUGUGUUGUUCAAGCUACUCUAGGGGUCUCUAAAGUCACGUUUCACACUAUCACGAGCUCAAUCUCUCUGGUCACGAGCUAUGAGUCAUGUUUGGCCUGUCAACGCUUAAUUCAAAUCGGACUAAUCACAAACUGUGAAAGAAAAUAGCCAAUCAAUAACGCCGACAUAUAUCCAUGCUACUCUACGGGAUUCGAACACGAUAUUGUGCACUAAUUCGCAGACUCUCUAUACAGAAGGUUUAGAGUGUGUGCGACGCAGGCUAGUCGACCAAAGUAUCGGUCAAUAGUGUUGGUCACUGUGUUGACUGUUAAUCAGUCAACAUAUCAAUUAGUAGGUCAACAACAUUUUGCUUAUACUUUAUUGAUACUUAGUUGACUCUUCCUCUGUAGUUUUAUUUCCUGUCUGCACAAAUUUUUGUUGUUUAUUUAAUUUGCUUGAUUUAUUGUCAUUACAAUCAUUGCAGUAACAUACAUACACCAUAGCCAAACACGUAAACCCCCCCCAAAAAAUAUUGGAUAAAAAGGGACUGUGUACCUCCAAACUUUCUGAUGGUGUCACCUUUGGGAUGGUAAAGCUGAUCUAAUUAAAAUGAAGCCAUUAUAACAUUCAUUGCAAAGGGAAAUAUUAAUAGUAAUAUAAACAAGGUUAUAGUGCAUCUAGGACACUGAGACAUUCAAAUGUAACACUAAAUGUAAUGAAACAAGGAGACACGGUGAGACUGACCAUAGAAUGACAUGAGAAACAAAAUUAUUCCAUGCCAGCAAACUAUCGAAAAUUUAUGUCACUUCUGAUAACACAACUUUAAUUAUACGGCAGUCAAUCAACAUACCACCGACAGUCAAACAAUAUUCUACCAACACUUGAUACUAGCCGUAUCGUCGGAGUGUUGAAUGGUAUACCGACCAACUAUAUUAUGUGAUCUGUUCUUGAAAAGGUAUCCAGUUAAUUUUUCAGUAAGCUAAGUUUUAACAUUGUUAAAUUGCUACGUGUGGCUGUAUUGGUUAAUAUUUUGGCAUUGUUUUUUGUUAGCUCACCAUUAAAAGUCAUUUUAUUAAUGACCUUGGAUUGGACAGCUUGGAUAUAGUUGAGAUUGUCAUGGCAUUGGAAGAUGACUUUGGUGAGUACUUUAACCCUAGUGCCAAGCUUAUACUAGAAGUCACAACUAUUUUCAUACAAACUUAAAUGAAGUCAUACAGCUCCUUGAUCCUGAGGCUUAUGACAAUAAAUUGUCAUUAGACUCCUUAAAAUAUGUGUAUCCUCUGGUUUGGUUCUCAGUUUUGGGUAUUAUUAAACAUUCCAUCAUAUAUAAAGUUGGCUAGAAAUGUGCAAGUUUUUGUUUAAUACAAGUUGUCUGCUUCUUACAGAUUCCUAUAAAAUGAAUCAUAGUUGAUGCGUAACUAAGUAUAAUAUGUUUGACAAGACAAGAUGCAGCACCUUCAGUGCCCUGGCUGCUAGAGGUUUUUUUUCUUUCCUAAUUCCAAAAAGUUUGCUGCAAAGCUUCUCAAAAGCUUUAUCAAACCUUGCGCAUGGGUUAUUUCAUCCUAGGUAUUUUGAGAUUGGAUCUCUGGAGUCAGGACUUAUGUUCAGCAGCUGAAAAAGAGAAAUUAAGACAGUGGUUUUGGUUUGAUCAGAAUUUUAUCCCUUAGCCUGCGAACAAGCUCUCCAUGCUUGCAUAGUCUGUAACUAACAUUCAACCCAUGUUCUAUUGUAGCAAUUGAAAUAUCUGAUGAAGAAGCUGAAAAAGUGUUUACAGUUGAUGAUGCUGUGCAGUUAAUAGCUAAAGCAUUGGAUGAACAUUAGUCAUAAUGUGGUAAGCAGGCUCUGUUUUUUCUAAGUACGUCGAGCAAAACGUGCAAGGCACGAAAAUGACCACGCCCUUGACUGAAGGCUCCAGACGGUGGAGGCACUCAAUGCUCGCUCGCACUUGUACUCCCUUCACUUAAUAUAAUAUUAAACUAUAUAGUAUAAUGUUAUGUAUUUAUUUUUAAUAUCCUCUCUCCUUAUGGGGCAUUUCAGGGAUAAUGAACCAACAAUUCAAAUGGAACAUAAUAUGGUUAAGAACUGGCUAGAGGCAAACCAGCUGGCUAUUUACAAGCGUGGCCUAGGGUUUGAACUCGGGACUACCGAGAACAAAUCUAGCAAGUGGUCAGUGCUGAACUUGAACACCGGGCCUCCGGAUUACAAGUCCAGCACUCUAACCGCGUGGCCACGCUGCCUCCAUCAAAAAAAAUCUCAAGAAAAAGAGAGACUGAGUGCAGCAAAUCAACUUGUUUUUUAAAUCAAGACAAUUUGUGUUCACAAGGCAUUUUGCUUUAUUUUAGUGUUUUAACUGGCCAAGAUUCUCUAUUGUUAAACUGGGAGAGAUCGUACAUCACGUCCGUGAGAGGAGCCACUUGUUGAGGCCCCGCGUGUCACUUAAAGUUUCGUUACUAGUUGAACCUGGUGUACAUUGAAUUGUAAUAAAGAUUUUCUAAUACCACUG